CCGGAGAAAAAUGCUCCGACACCGAUACAAGCUUUAAUAACGGUUUGGUUUAAAAAUGACGGUCGCGAUUGGCGAGAGGGCUUUCAGUAAAGCCCGGGUACCAAAGUCAGGGGCUUGUCUUCCUCGUAUCUCGGCUGUCUUCAAAUGUGGCGGCACGACGCCUCGCCUAGAAAUCGAGAACCCGUUCAAAGCCUUUCAGAUGACGACGAGUUGCAUGAGGUCACUUACGACCAUGACUGCUCGAAUAACCUUCAAUCCCUAUAUUCCCAUGGGAAGAAGAUAUGAUGUCGGAAUGAAUUGGUUUGAAGAUGAGAAUCCUGCAGCUGUUCAAUCUCAGCCAAGAAAAGUGCAGUACAGUGAUUCUGGUGAUGAAUCUAUUUCUGAUGAGGAGAAUGCUGAAUUUACAAGACUUUCCUUCACCUCUGCUGCUGCCAAAGUUCAAGGAAGUUACAACUAUAAUUUUGAAGGAAGGAACCAAGAUGAAGCAUGUGCAUCAUCUGCAGUUAGAGAGCAAGUCAACGAGUUAGCUUGUUUACAUACAAAGACUCCCAGUCCCUCAAUUCCCUCUGAUGUAUAUGAAGUGAAGAAAGGUCACAGGAGUAUGUAUCUUCAUUUCCUGUUCGUUUUUUUCAUUCUAAAAUUUUGUGAUAACUUCAUCUCUGAGACUGGUGGUACUAUUGCUUUCAUUUCCCGGGGGAUUGAUUGGAUAUGUAAUCCAUUGCUUAAAGUUGGCAGAGGCAGAGCCAAGCCCAAAUUUUCAAUUCAUUCCCAGUCACAUGAUGAGGAGCUUCCCUGGUUUCAUGAGGUGAAGGGCCGAAAUGAAGAUUUUUCCAAGGAGGUAUCUGAAGGCCCUGAAAGACAAAAUUACUUUGAGCAUAGACCUUCAGGAAAUUUGAUGACUGAGCUAUUAGAAAAUCUUCAAAAGGAAAAUGAUGAACUGCCUGCUGGGUUAUUGGCUCAUGAACAAAGAGGAGCUUUGCUUUCAAUAUCCGAGCUGCUGGAUAAUUUACAAGAUAAGGAUGUUCAAUCUAAUGGGGCUUCAAACUUAUUGCUGCAGCAUGCUAAAACAAAGAACAAGAGGGCCUAUUUUGCUGGAAAAAGAAUGUUGCCUAACUUAGGUACAAGAACUCUUGAUGAUGAAGAUCCCCUCGAGGUUAUCGUAGGUGGAAUGUCCAGUGAGGAUGAGGAGGUUGAUCAAAACCAUUUAAGUCUUGCAACUCAAAAGUCCAAAGGACAGACAAUGACAGAUUUGUUUCAGGAAGCUUUUAAUUCAUCUACAAUGGAGGGACCCCUAUUUCCCACUAGUUGGCAGGCAGGGGCUGGAUAUCAUGAAAGGCUACAGCAGGUCAUGCAGAUUGAAAAAGAAAAGCAUGUGGAAUUUUUGAAGCAGCUACAGACUGGGCAAAGUCCAUUAAGUGGUUCAAGGUGCAUGAAUGUGCAGAUUUUGUCAAGAUCAUUGGAAGGAAAGUUGACAGUUUGCCGUUGCUUGCUUGAUGAAAGCAAUAAGAGUUCCUCAUGUGGGAAAGGCUCCCACAAAUGCACUGAUGAUAGAGGAACCCUAAAGCGAACAGUUAUUUUCAGUUCAAAGGUAUGUGACAAUGUGGAGCUUGACGUAGGAAACUUGGUUCGUAUUCAUCCACCAUGGAAAGAAGUACAGGUGAGCAAAGAUGAGAAGAUCAUUCUGUGCACUUAUUUCUCUUUGGUUAUGGCAUGAUUAUCCAAAUACUGAUAGAAAGGUGAAACUACAUCUGUGUGAGUUGAUGAAUCCCUUGACUUCAGAAAAUUAGGUUAUAGCUGCUCGUGGAAUCAAGUCAAAUUGUACUCUUCACAAAACCAGCCUAAAUUUGUUGUGCUAGCAGUCUGUAAUCAUCUGUGUUGUUUCAGUAUUGUAAGGGCCUAUCCGGAUGGCCAACCUGAUUUGCUGUGUAAGUUCAUGGAUAGCAUGCUCGUACUUUUGGAACUGUAAGGUUGGGUUUGCCCUUGAGAGGGAAGCUCUCACUCUCUCUAUCUAACAGGGAUCUACAUGACAUGUCUUCUUACUAUGUAAUGCCACUCAUGAGAUAUUGUUUCCCGCUAUAUUACAACUUUGUUGUAGCA